GGCUCGCUUGUGCGGGGGAACCUGCACCGCUCGUGGGCGGCGGCGUCCAGGCCCGGCUCCCGCCUGCGCGACCGUGUCGCUCGGCAGCCUGGGGCUUCUGCUCCACGACGUGACCAUGGCCGGGCUGCAGGAGCUGCGAUUCCCUGAGGAGAAGCCCCUGCUCCGGGGCCAGGAUGUGACAGAGCUGGACAACCCUGACACAAUCCUCUCAGUUGUGGACACGGACUGGAAGGAACAUGACAUCGAGACGCCUUAUGGCCUUCUGCAUGUGGUAAUCCGGGGCUCUCCUAAAGGGAACCGCCCAGCCAUCCUCACCUACCAUGACGUGGGCCUCAAUCACAAGCUGUGCUUCAACACCUUCUUCAACUUUGAGGACAUGCAGGAGAUCACCAAACACUUUGUGGUGUGCCAUGUGGAUGCCCCCGGGCAGCAGGUGGGGGCGUCACAGUUUCCUCAGGGGUACCAGUUCCCUUCCAUGGAGCAGCUGGCUGCCAUGCUUCCAAGUGUGGUACAGCAUUUUGGGUUCAAGUACGUGAUCGGCAUUGGAGUGGGAGCCGGAGCCUAUGUGCUGGCCAAGUUUGCGCUCAUUUUCCCUGACUUGGUGGAGGGGCUGGUGUUGAUGAACAUUGACCCCAACGGAAAGGGCUGGAUCGACUGGGCCGCCACCAAGCUCUCUGGCUUGACCAGCACUUUACCAGACACGGUACUCUCCCAUCUCUUCAGCCAGGAGGAGCUGGUGAGCAAUACAGAACUUGUGCAGAGCUACCGGCAGCAGAUCUCGAACGUGGUGAACCAGGCCAACCUGCAGCUCUUCUGGAACAUGUACAACAGCCGCAGAGACCUUGACAUUAACCGGCCUGGGACCGUGCCCAAUGCCAAGACGCUCCGUUGCCCCGUGAUGCUGGUAGUCGGAGAUAAUGCACCUGCUGAGGACGGGGUGGUUGAGUGCAACUCCAAACUGGACCCAACCACCACAACCUUCCUGAAGAUGGCAGAUUCUGGUGGCCUUCCUCAGGUGACGCAGCCAGGGAAGCUGACUGAGGCCUUCAAAUACUUCCUGCAAGGCAUGGGCUACAUUGCACACUUGAAGGACCGAAGGCUGAGUGGAGGAGCAGUGCCCUCAGCAAGCAUGACCCGCCUUGCGCGCUCACGCACGGCAUCCCUCACCAGCGCCAGUUCUGUGGAUGGCAGCCGCCCGCAGCCCUGCACCCACUCAGAGAGCAGUGAGGGGAUGGGCCAGGUCAACCACACCAUGGAGGUAUCCUGCUGAAGCCCUCGUCCUGCCCAAGACGCCUGCUUACCUGUCCCCAGGUCCCACUGCCGUCUCCGCACUGGCUCAUCUUCCGUUUAGUUUAUUUUUGUGAGAGUGAAGUGGAGGAAAUGGGGUUACUUCUCUUUUAUUUGAAAAUUGAAGGGAUCCACCUUAGUACAGCAGAAAAGUCUUGGCUGGCGUGAGGGGCUCGCCUCAUCUACUCCCAUUUCACUCAACGUGUUCACUAGUUGCUAUGGCUCCUCUCAUCUGCUCACCGUGGCCCUGGGGUGGGGCCAGAAUAUAGGAUACGGUAUUGAAGAAAGAAUAUGGCCCACCCCCUGGGCCUGGCAGAUGUGAAGACGGCGUGGGGUUUGAAGAUGGUGGGUGCUGUGCGUGCUUAGGCUCUGAUGUGAGAGGGAGUCAGACCAAUGGAGAGCCCUGAACCUCAGAGGGUCCCCUUCCUUUUAACCUUUGCACCAAGCACACCUAUUCUGAUAGUAGAGGUCACAGUCGUAAGGAUGGAAACCACGAGAGGGCGCUCUCAGCAGCCAGCCGUUUUCCUGGUGCUCUGUGGGCAGGACAGGUGCUGUAAGGCUAAGCCAGGCAGAGCUAUGGAGACAGCAUAUGGAGAACUCUGAGGGCAGGAACCCCCAUACUCUACCACCCCAGGCCCAGGUCCCACCCUGAGGCAAAGGUCACGUGGUCUCCUACCCCUGGUGGCAGAGGGAAAAGGUUAAGAUUGCU